AUGGCUCUCUCUCAUGCUCUCCAUCCUGUUUCCCUGGGACUCACAUUGUCAGAUAAGGUACAGAAUGCCUUUCAAGUACUUAGCAACUGGAUAAGCAAAGAAGAACCAGCAUAUUUCAUUACCGAGAGGUGGUUCUUCGGAGCAAUCAAGAGGGCAGAUGCUGAAAAACAACUAUUAUAUUCAGAAAAUCAGACAGGUGCUUUUCUAAUCAGAGAAAGUGAAAGUCAGAAAGGCAACUUCUCCCUUUCAGUUUUAGACAAUGGGGUUGUGAAACACUACAGAAUCAGAAGACUGGAUGAAGGGGGCUUUUUCCUUACCCGGAGAAGAACCUUUUCGACACUGAAUGAAUUCGUGAGUCACUACACCAAGACAAGCGAUGGCCUGUGUGUCCAGCUGGAAAAACCAUGCUUAAAGAUACAAGUCCCAGCUCCCUUUGAUUUGUCAUAUAAAACCGUGGACCAAUGGGAGAUCGACCGCAGCUCCAUACAACUUCUGAAGAGAUUAGGAUCUGGUCAGUUCGGCGAAGUGUGGGAGGGCCUAUGGAACAAUACCACUCCGGUAGCAGUAAAAACAUUAAAACCAGGUUCAAUGAAUCCAAAUGACUUCCUGAGGGAGGCACAGAUAAUGAAGAACCUAAGACAUCCAAAGCUUAUCCAGCUUUAUGCUGUUUGCACUUUAGAAGAUCCUAUUUAUAUUAUUACAGAGUUGAUGAGACAUGGAAGUCUGCAAGAAUAUCUCCAAAAUGAUGCUGGAUCAAAUAUCCAUCUGAUGCAGCAGGUAGACAUGGCAGCCCAGGUUGCUUCUGGAAUGGCCUAUCUGGAGUCCCAAAACUACAUCCAUAGAGAUCUGGCUGCCAGAAAUGUCCUUGUUGGUGAACAUAGUAUCUACAAAGUGGCAGAUUUUGGACUUGCAAGAGUUUUUAAGGUAGAUAAUGAAGACAUCUAUGAAUCUAAACACGAAAUAAAGCUGCCGGUGAAGUGGACUGCGCCUGAAGCCAUUCGUACUAAUAAAUUCAGCAUUAAGUCUGAUGUGUGGUCAUUUGGAAUCCUUCUUUAUGAAAUCAUUACUUAUGGCAAAAUGCCUUAUAGUGGUAUGACAGGUGCUCAGGUAAUUCAUAUGUUGGGUCAAAACUAUAGACUCCCUCAACCAUCUAACUGUCCAUUGCAAUUCUACAACAUCAUGUUGGAGUGCUGGAAUGCAGAGCCUAAGGACCGGCCAACGUUUGAGACACUGCAUUGGAAGUUUGAGGAUUAUUUUGAAACAGACUCUUCAUAUUCAGAUACAAAUAACUUUGCAUGAUGAACACUGAAGAACAUCAAAUAAUGAAGUAGCAACAGAGUUCAAUAAUCAGUUCAGAAAUACAAUCAUAUUAACCAACUGUAAAAAUGAAUUUAUCUUGACAUAUUCAAGUGAUAAGGUACAUUUGGCCAUAUAAUACAAAAAAGAUUAUAUGUGUAUUUUAUCAACUGGGCAAUACUGCAGGACAGUCUGAGAUGAAAUAUCAUCUCCCCACUGCCUGGCAAAAUCAAAUGCACUAAACAAAGUUAUUUUUCUUCUUAAAAGAGACACAUUUCUAUUUAUUGUUUGAAAUGCUGUUCAAGAGGAUCAACAGAUGAUAGCGAAUUUUUACUCAGUGACUGUUGUAGCAUUUUCCCGUUUACUGAUUAAGGUGGCUAUUCAUUAUUCCUCGGAUUGCUGAAUCCCAUCAGGCUGUUAUUAUGAAGGAAUCUGAUUGCUUUGCUGCACAGCAGGACCUGUGCUUUGAGAUUUUUUUUCUCUUUUAAAAUAUCCUGUAUAACUACAAUGAUGGCAAAGACAUGUUAAAUGACUUGAUUGUACUUGGAGUAAUUGCACAUAUUUUUUUCCUAUGCAUAAAAAAAUGAAGCAGCUGUUGAGAAAAAGAAUUAAAAUCUCUCUCAUUUUGUAGAAGGAAAUGAUGGAAUUUUUCUCUACCUCGGUAUGUGUCAUCUGAGAUUCAUCUACAUUAGUUUUAAUCUCUUAAUGCUAAGAAUCAGCUUGCAAAGUUGAUGAGUUAUUAUCUUGGAAAUAUGCAAGAAACAUCUAAUAGCCUGCCAGAUCUGAGAAAUAAGUAUCAAAAUAGUUUAGGAAAAUGAGAGGAGAGCAGUAGGAUUGCUAAGGCCUGGGAUUUCUGAAUAAUUUAAAAAAUGUACCUUUGCUAUAUAGGCUACAAAACAGGCCAAACUCUGUUUCAGAUCUAGAGAGUAGGAAUAAGGAAUAAUAAGGUUUCAUAACGUUGGUUAUGAAACUGUAUUUUUUGUCUGAUAGGACAAGAGGGUUUUUACUCAUCUUAAGUUUUCAUCAACCUUUGUAAGAAUGUUAUUUCUUCUUAAGCAAUGGGUGUAUCAAGUUCUGUGCCUCAUUAGAUGAUUAGGGAGAGCUCUCAAAGGGGGUUUCAAAAUCAAAUAUAUAUUCAAAGAUCUUCUAAUGUAAAGCAAUAUGAAUGAAAAAAUGCAUAAGAAAAUUUUGAGUAUAUUGAGAAUAAUUUGAGUAUCUUCUUUCAUCUUUCUUUAAAGGAGAAGAAGAGCAGUGUUAAGUGGUUACGGAAACCCCAACACAAAGUAGAUUAAGCACUAAGUAAAUCUGUAUACUCUGUAACUGGAAGACAGGAGUUGUUAAAAAGGAGACAGCAGGCCCCAAAUGGAGUCACUUGUGCUAAGCCCCAUAGCAGCAAACCAAGACUUAAUACUUAAACUAAUUGCAGUUUCAGCAUUUCCCAGAAAUGUCAUCUUUAACCAGUCAACCUGGAAUUACCUGGCCAGCAUGAUAGACCCCUUCCAUCCCACUUAGAAGGGCAGGAGGGCGACCUCGUCAGAAACAAUGCAUUCUUUGCUAAUGACGUUCUUUUCCCACCCCCUUUCUCCUUUUAAAAACCCUUGCUUUUCUACAGCAUGGCCGACUCUUUUCUAUUUGUUAAAUGGGAUGCUGCCCAAUUCACGAAUC